GCAGGAGGAGCGCGUGGAGCGCGUGCUGCGGGCGGGUGGCCGGGACGGCGGAGCCGGCGGGGGAAGCGGCACCGGCGGCACCUCUGGCUCGCGCGCUGCGCCCGGAGAUGGAGCUGCGCGGCGCCCGCUGAGAGGAGGGGACGGGUGAGCGGGAGCCGCUGCCAGCCGCAGCCAUGCAGCAGGUCUUGGAUAACCUUACUGAUCUACCAACAUCGACAGGCGCUGAAGAAAUAGACCUGAUUUUUCUUAAAGGAAUUAUGGAAAACCCUAUUGUAAGAUCACUUGCAAAGGCUCAUGAGCGACUGGAAGAUUCUAAACUUGAGGCUGUCAGUGACAACAACCUGGAGUUGGUGAAUGAAAUUCUUGAAGACAUAAGUCCAUUAGUAAAUAAAGAUGAAAAUAUUGCAGAAUUGGUUGGAAUACUCAAGGAGCCUCAUUUUCAGUCACUCUUGGAAGCACAUGAUAUUGUGGCUUCAAAGUGUUAUGAUUCCCCUCCUUCUAGCCCAGAAGUCAAUAAUUCUUCAGUGAACAACCAGGUUGUUCCAGUAGAUGCUAUUCGUAUCCUUGGAAUUCACAAAAGAGCAGGAGAACCACUGGGUGUUACGUUUAGAGUUGAAAACAAUGACCUGGUAAUAGCACGAAUUCUUCAUGGCGGGAUGAUAGAUCGGCAAGGUCUUCUGCAUGUAGGUGACAUUAUUAAAGAGGUGAAUGGCCAUGAGGUUGGAAACAAUCCAAAAGAAUUGCAGGAACUGCUGAAAAAUAUCAGUGGCAGUGUCACUCUGAAGAUUCUCCCCAGCUACAGAGACACUGUUAUUCCUCAACAGGUUUUUGUGAAGUGUCAUUUUGAUUAUAACCCAUAUAAUGACAACCUCAUCCCAUGCAAAGAAGCAGGUUUGAAAUUUUCUAAAGGAGAAAUUCUUCAGAUUGUAAACCGGGAAGAUCCAAAUUGGUGGCAGGCUAGUCAUGUCAAAGAAGGAGGAAGCGCAGGGCUUAUUCCUAGCCAGUUCCUGGAAGAGAAGAGAAAGGCCUUUGUUAGGAGGGACUGGGACAACUCGGGGCCUUUCUGUGGAACAAUAAGCAGCAAAAAAAAGAAAAAGAUGAUGUAUCUCACUACAAGAAAUGCAGAAUUUGAUCGUCAUGAAAUCCAGAUUUAUGAGGAAGUAGCCAAAAUGCCUCCUUUUCAGAGAAAAACACUGGUCUUAAUUGGAGCCCAAGGAGUGGGGCGAAGAAGUCUGAAGAACAGGUUUAUAGUACUGAAUCCUACUAGAUUUGGAACUACAGUGCCAUUUACUUCGCGAAAGCCAAGAGAUGAUGAAAAGGAUGGGCAAGCCUACAGAUUUGUGUCACGAGCUGAAAUGGAGAUGGAUAUUAAAGCUGGCAGAUACUUAGAGCAUGGAGAAUACGAAGGAAAUCUUUAUGGCACCAAAAUUGAUUCCAUCCUUGAAGUUGUUCAGACAGGAAGGACCUGCAUCUUGGAUGUAAAUCCUCAGGCCCUGAAAAUAUUGAGGACUUCAGAAUUCAUGCCCUAUGUAGUGUUCAUUGCUGCUCCAGAGCUGGAGACUUUGCGUGCUAUGCACAAGGCUGUAGUAGAUGCUGGAAUUACGACUAAACUUCUCACUGACACCGAUUUGAAAAAAACAGUGGAUGAAAGCGCCCGGAUCCAGAGAGCGUACAACCACUAUUUUGAUCUGACUAUUGUAAAUGACAACCUCGACAAAGCCUUUGAGAAGCUCCAGACUGCGAUUGAGAGACUGAGGCUGGAACCGCAGUGGGUCCCAAUUAGCUGGGUAUAUUGAGAUUUCUCAAAAGGAGCUUAAGUAACAAAUAAAAUCAACUGCAGCAAAUAUGCUAAUGUGACGUUGUGUAGAUACCGAUGAUAACCUGCGGCACCUGUGCAUUUUUACUCUGUGUAUAUUCAAAAGUACACUGUUCUGAAUUUUUAUAGAAAUGUUGAAGGGAAAGUGUACUUAAAUAUGUAAUUUAUUUUAAUUUUUCUAACUUUUUACAGAUAACCUUUCUAUUCAUAUCACAUGGAGGAAAUGCGUUUAAGCAUUUUUAUAUGUUUUGAUUUAGUACCUUUGCCUUUUUCAUCUAAGAAAGUUCCAGUCAUUCACUUCAACAUUUACAUCUUGGUCUUACAUUUUCACUGUGAUUAAAACAAGGAUACUUGAAACAAUUUUUUUAAAACUUGUAAUGUCAGUAUUUAACUGGUCAAAAGUGGAUAGCUCUUAUUAGGAGAGAACACUAACUUCUUUGGGUUUUUUUCUUCCUGAAAAAAUAAUAAGUUAAUGGGAGCAGAAUCUUAAAUAUUAAAAGCAGCAACCAACACACAGCUCCAUUGCUUCAUUCAGUUUAAUGUUGGUGCAUUCUUGAUGUUUCACAAAUUCUUGACUUCUCUUGAUUUAGGCAGCUGUUGUGUAGGUUCCCUCACUUGUCUCUUGAAAUACCCUAAAAGCAAUACCUUGCAAGCUGCUUGUUAGGUUGUGUUUGUGGGAGCCAACCUGUUAGCCCGUCAUGAUUGAAGCACCAGUGUUGGAAAGCUUGUGCGCAAGGUAAUACGGGGAACUUGAAUAAUGGUGAUGUAGCCUGAGAGAGAACUUGAUAACGUGGAGCCUUGUAAAGUGACGCUUACUGUUAGGACAUGUCAUUCAUUCGCACUUGUGAAAACACAUUGCUUUAAAAAAAAAAACAACAACAACAAAAAAAGGGCAUUUUCUUUUCUUAGGACAUUGUUCGAUAUUUGUAUAGUGAUCUGUGGCUUAAUUUCCUGUGAGAUCUAGCUGAGUUCUGUAUUAUCUUUUGAAUAUUUGUGUGUGAUCAACUGCUGUGUUUUGAGUGUAAUGUAAUGGAAUUUCUGAGCUUUUUGUUAUAUUGUUUUUAAUUGCAUUUUUCAGGAGAUAGCUCUAAGUUGGACACUUACUGCUAAAAAGCAAUAUUGUUUAUACCUUCUAGUUUUACAACAUAUUUCCUUUUGUUUAGUGACAGUUCUCCCCUUAGGCUCAUCGAUGUAAUUUGUAUUAGGUUCAAAAUCAUCGAUCAAAACUUAUGCCAAUGUAAAUUUCUGCUUAACAAGAGCAAAAAAAAAAAAUCUAGCUUGUUGCUAAGACUAGCUCCUUUGUAUUUUAUAUUAGUGUCAGCUGUUGUUUAUAGCAACAUUCAUCAUCAGUUACCAGGUUAGGAGUCUAAACUGAAAUCAUCUAUUCGUUUAAUUUCUUUUCCAUCUGGUGACAGGCACCUGGCUACUGAAUUCUUUUUCAGCACCGUAGUGUGACACGGAAUGCUACCAAAGGGCAACUUCCUCAGAACGAUUUCUGAAGGAAAAGAGGCUUAGACACCAUAAACCAGUGUUGCUUCCUGGGGCUCUUAAAGACUUUACAUGCACAAGGAAAAGAAAAUUAGAGUUGAUGCAGUAUAGGAGAAGUGUCAAGUCUCAAAAGAUCCUCAAAAUACCAGUUUACUACAGAUGAUUUCAAAAAGCCUAUGAAGUUGGUUGUUGUGGGGGAAAGGAGGUGGGGGGGCUCGAGAUCCUAGUGUAUGUGGAAAAAAAAAUAUAGCACAGGUAAUCUUUGUGGCUCUUAAUGCUGAGAUUUCAGUCUUUUAGAGGGAUCUGAAAUUCUCUAAGGAAAGUUUGUACCACUGCUUUGUUUUAUCAUUAUACUUUCCAGGGUGUGUUUUCUCUGGUUUUAAGUUUGGCAGAGCUUUUAAAUGUGGCACCAGCAUGAGACUUUUAUUCUCCUUUCCCAGGAGACACAUUCUGUGAUCCUCUCACUCAGAGGCUGCUUUGAGAAAUGGAUGGAGUGUUGUAUGUAGCAGCAAUGAUAGCAGAGCCGUUGCUUCACUAUUUUAAUGAUUUGCUAUUGGCACGAUAUGCUGACCGUGACUAAACUGUGUUUGUAUGCUGUGUAAUAGGAGAUGUACGUACGCUGUAAAUAAGAUGUGCUAUCUGAACAGAUAUGAUGCCUUUUCAUUAUGAGUUAGAAAAUACUCUAUUUGUGAUGCCAAAAGUGGGCUGAGCUCACUCUUCCCUAAUGAAUGGAAUGAGAAGAUCCUUCAGUUUGCACACCAUAGGUUUUUAUAUUGCACAUACUGCUUAUUUUCAUCUUUUUUUUUUUCCAUAAAUUUACUUAACCAAAUGAAACACAUGAAACGUGGGCACCAAGGUUUAGUCAGGAAAACUUCUUGUAUUUCCAUCUCAGAGAGAGUACUGUCAAAAGAGCUUCUCUAGUUAAGUAAUCUCCCAGUAGCCACGUAUUUGCUAAAGCCUAAAGCUUUAGGUUGCUCUGCAGGUUCACACAGUAUUUUUAAAUGAAGCAGUUAGCACAGUGGAGCCUCGUGGCUCUCCGUUCAGUGGUGUUAAGGUAGAUGCUAGUGAGAAAUACAAUUCCAAAUCAAUAAGAGAAGAUGGCUUGCAAAGAUUUUAUCAAAGUGUCUGCAUGUUUUACUCGGAUGUUCACAUGCAGGUUGUAAGGGGAAAAAAAACCAAACACAACCCAAAACCAAACACCACAGUCCUUGCAUCUAUUAAUUAAACCUUGAAAACAGUUCAUAUGGGCAGGUAUGCAACAUUGGGGCAGGGAGAGGGGUUGGCUUGUAUUUGUGGUAGUGGAUUUGGUUUUGUUUUGGUUUUGAUGAGCCUUUCUGCUUGGUUUGUCACUACCUGGUAGGAUAAGUAGAGUGAGAAUGGUACUUUUUUUUGUUAAGAAGGGUGUUCCUUGAAGGGUGUCAUUUCAGUCACACACACAGCGGCACUCAUCCCUACCUGUUAGGGAAUGCUGAGUCAGGUGUUGGACUGCGAGGGACCUGUACUUUGUGCAAGUAAAGGAGAAAGACACCAUGGAAAGUUAGUUCUGAGCAAGUGAAAAUACUUCAUGUAAGAGCUGCUUGAAGUAUUUGGGGGAGUGAGGGAUAAAAUAAGUAGGAUUUCACGUGUCUCAUUCUGUACUAAACACUCAUUUUCAGGAACAAGAAAGCUUUUUACAUUGACUGUUAAUGAUAACAAUAGGUGUGUCUAAGCGAGGUGAAGAUGCUGCUAAGUGUUUAAGAUAUGUGGUAUGUAUCACAAGAUAAAUAUUUAAGUAGUUUAGAAAAGUAAAUUAUCAAAUAGUUGUCUGUGUAUAUGUAUGUAUGUGGAUGGUAAAACAAAAAAAAACGCUCAUGUCUGCUAUCACAUUACUAAGCUACCCUGACUUAAUCCAGAAAUGUACCUGCAUGUGAGACUUUAGAACUGGUACACUUCUCCACCUGAUUUAUUGUGUUUACUAAUGUAUAUUUUUCUAAAUAUACAGAUAUUUCAAUCUAAAAAUUCUAUAUUUAUCUGUAAUUUCUAUCUGUUUUGGACAGUGCAUGAAGUGCUGUAAAAUUCUGUACAUAUAUAGACUUAUAGAAGAAACAGUGUAGUUGCCCUGUGAAGUUAUACAUAAAAGUACAGCCAGUAUGCCACGACCCCUACAUUAUUUCCUUUAAAUGCACCAAAAAUUCCCUGAAGUGUGCACCAAUCUCAACUUUAAUGUAAAUACUUUGGUGCGUGUGUACCCGAGUGAUUACCUUGCUGUCCCUAGAUAUUACACUAGCAGGUGUACUUUAGGUUUGACAGUGUCUGACGAGAUGCAGUCAAUUAAAGGUUAGUGGGAUAAUUACAGUGGGACAUGUCAUCUUGCACAGAUUUAUAAAGGUCUUCCAAAAUGUUCUGCAAAUAUCAAAUGAAGGUAUAAUUAUAGCAGACUCACAGACUGACAUAGGCAAGGGAAGUUGAAUUUAUAACCAAUCCAGUAUCCUUAACUUGUGCCGUGUUCUCAGAUCAGCGCAGCUCUGUGUGCUUAGUUGUACAAAGCUCUGCGGAGCAGGAUGGCAGCUCAGCUCAUCACUUCUGAAAAUGUGUUUGUAUAAACUGUCUCAUCUUGGACAGGCUCAAAAUGUGACACUUCGUUCCCAAUCCUCUGUGCAGUUCUAACUCAUUGCAUCCUCUAAAACCAUACCUAAAAUGACUUGCUGUACAAAUUGCCUGCAGCUCAGUGUUCAGGAAGUCACAUGGGUUUUGUUUUGAAGAGGGUGAUUUAGAUAAAAAAUAAGAAACUUUUUUAGACACAGAAAAUUCCUGGCUCGGUACCCUUUGGAGCUAAGCUCGCCUCUCUGCAUUACUUAAGUAAGGACAAGGGAGAAGGAUCAAGUAGAGCAUCACUCCAGAAAUUGGGAGAGGUGGGUUCUUAUCUGUCUUUACACAUGAGCUUUUGUGAACACGACCAAAUUCAAGCUUCCUUUACCUAUUCCUUGGUUUCCCAUCCCGUCUGCAUCUGUCUCGAUUCUUUGUUCAGAUGGAACUCCGAGGCAGAUGCUGUUUCUCAACACAGCUACAGUGCCAACCGCAGGAGAUUCCACGCCACUCGCUGUGCCUGUAGGUACAGUUUUAAAAGACCACCCACAGGCGGAGUUCUACUGCAUCGGUCAUGCCAAGGUCUACGGACUGUUUGCUUCAUGCAUUCUCACCCACAUUCUGAAGAGUUAAAGUAUUACAUUGUUAUUGCCAAACUUCCUCAUACUACUUCUGCAAAAGCGGUGGGAAAUCAAUUUAUUGAUGCCCAGGCGCUCCUGACUGGAUACAAAGACUUCCAAGUCGGCUGGGCCUUUUGCCUUAAACACCCCUCCCUGUCAGUCCCUGACAAAACCUCUCCUGGGCCACUGAAAGGUCAUUCCUGAAGGUAAGAGUCCAGUUCUGGCCCAUUUUUUUAAAUUUUUUGGCUACGUUUCCUGUUUUGGCCCUGCUCUCCUUGGCUUUCAUGUAUUUUUAACAAGUUUACCAAUGAGAAUUGUCUGGGAUUCUCAGCUGGUGUCACUGUUACAUUAAAAAAAGAGUGAAAACACUUGUAAAAUAACCAAUUUUCAGAGGCAGCUUUGGCUUCCAAACGUGUUAGAUGUGUGCUCAUGUGCACACCCACAUGCACACAGAUGUCUAAAUCAGACUUAAGGGUUGGUAUCACAAGUAGCUCAGACAGUACCUGAACUCUUCGGAGUGGGACACUGUCCCCCAAACUGUCACAUUCUAAACAGCUGAAUUUUCUCUUCAUGUGCUGCUGCAGCUGGAAUUUACCUGCACGGGCUGGGAAACCAGGUGCUACUCAGUGAAAGCUGUUCAGCAGUUUCACCUGAAAGUAGAAAGUUGGGUUUUUUUAACCAGGGGUCUCAACAAUAUUUGUAUUUUAUGGAAUAAAUUACACUUAAAGGAAAUGUGAAUUUUGUUCUCAGUAUUUUGAACCUUUUCUCAUGACAGUUGGGUACGAAGGUCCUUUUGCUCUCAAGGCAUUGGUCAGAUGCGGAAUAUUUACUGACCAACCUGUAAGUUUAAAUUAGUUGGAGUAAUCCUGGAAACGCUGUCUCCCAUUUUAUCCUUUUCCUUUUAAUGUCAUUAGCUGCUUGUCUGUGCAAGUCUGGCUGUCCUCGCGGCUGAUCCAAGUACCGCUCCCUAUGUAGCCAGCACUUACCUAGGACAGAGUAAAACCUUUUCCAAACACUCAAGUAACUUUGUUCUGGGGGUGGCAGCAAAAUUGUUGGCUGCAAAAAAAAAUGCAUUUUUGACUGAUUUUUGUUGGUUUAGGUCUUCUAACACAGUUAGAGAUGGAGGUAACGGUGGAACUGUGUUUCUCUCCUUUGAAAAUGCAUGUCAAGCAUUCCUUCGCCUCCCCUUCACCACACAUCGCCCGUGUGUGUGAUGCUUGUGUGCUGUGCUCUCCGAAGGGGGGCUGCUUCCUUAGGUUUUACAAUACAGGAAAAAGUGGGCUAGGAACUGUAAAAUCUUGGUGAAGUGUUUGAAUUUAAAUGUGUCUUAGAAGUCUGUCAGUGUGCAUUUCCUUACCUUGCUCGUCCUCACAACUGGAUUUGCCUAUUGGAAGCUCUCGUGGGUUUAUUUUUUAUUUCUUUUACAGCGUAUUAAAUUAAACUGGAUUUGAUAUUUGUAAAACUUUUAAAACUGCUCUCCUGUAAAAAAAAUACUUUCUUUAGCUGAAAGCAUCCUAAAAAAGAAAAAAAAAAAAAGAUCAUAACUAUUAGUAAAACUUUCUAGCGUAACCCUGGAGAUGAUUUAAUACCUGAUUGUUGUUUGAGUACAGUGCUGUAGAGCAGGCCCAGGUGAUGGCACUCGUUAGGGGUCUGACUUCAUGCCGAUAGUCAGCGAGUACUUGGGGCAUUUUUAAAUUGUGACUUGUUUUCUAAAACCCCCAUUGUCUUUUUCACAGCUAAUAUUUUCACAAUAAACACAGCCAAACAUUGAAAUUUAAUGUACAAAUUGUGAAAUUCUGUUAAUUCCCAACAAAAUAUUUUUGU